UUCCAGGAUGGGACAACUCAUGAGGCAGGGGUAGCAGGAUGCUUCGAAAACACAAAUAAAGGCCAAGGGCCAAGGAAACCCUCCUGGGUAUUGACCAUCAUUUGACAACGAUCAGACUCUUCUCCUGACACUGAAGGACCAACGACGAGGCUAUCAUGUCGUCCAUCAAUCGCCAUAUGCUGGGUUCAGCGAUCACGACACUAUUUGCGACGCUCGGGUUUGUCUUUGCUCUGGUAGCAAUCACUUCCAAGGAAUGGGUGAUGCGCAACGAAUACUCAAGUACAGACCCUGUGCAAUGGCUCGAGAGACAAUACCGGCUGUAUCGAUCACCAUUUGCGAUCUGCAACUAUAACGGCACAAACGUUACUUGCCAUCAUUUCCACCCCUUCGGAAAGAAUACCAGUUGUGAAGCCAUCUCGCGAACCGGCAACCUAGAUGCAGACAGCUCGGGCGACGCAAGGCUUUGCGAGCAGAUCCACCUGGCUGGGCAUUUUGCAAUCGCCAGUACGACUUUGAUAUCCGUUGGAUUCUUGUUGAGCCUAGCUCUGCUCGCCUUUGCAAUCACUAUGCCAUCAACGACUUCGGAAGAUGGCACUGCUGGUAGGUCGCAAAGCAGACAUGGCCGCAAUCAUUCUAAGCAUGCACAAGAGGGCGUAGCUGAUGGAUUAGAGGCAACGCCGGUCGAAGAGGAGUCGACACUCCACAGGCGAUCAAGCGCAACUGGAUGGUCGUCAUAUGCCAGCUUCCUGAUGUUGGUCUGCUUGAGCAUCGGUAUCAUGACAGCUCUCCUCAGUCAAUUUUACACAAUAUUGGGAUUGAUUCAAUCAGCCCCCAACAAUGCAGACUUUGCAUCCAGCUCGGCGAUCACAGAUUCUUCGCUUCGUCAGUACGACUCUUGGUAUCAAGGAAAGGCACUAAGUGUAUACGAAACCUGUGCAUGGGGCUUUGCAGCAGUUGGAACGGUGAUUGCCACCAGAACAUGGAAGAUGCCGGCAUGUUAUUGAUGGUAGCUGACGUCGAUAAACCUUGGUGGACCAGAAUGCUCCUUUGGACAAUCAUGAGAAUUAGCUUUGGACACGCUUUCCAUUAUGUAUAUUUCUUCACCUC